AUGGCGUCGUAUUCGUCACUCCAACAACUGCACGCGUCGCUGCCCGCAUUUGCCCCGCUCAUCUCGCAGUCGCUCAUUCCCUAUCUCGCCUGGUCCCUGCUUCUCACUUCAUUUGGCCUCGGUUUCUACUUUACAACCCUCCCAAAGCACUCGGUGCCCGUCACAGAGAUCCUCGUCGCUCUUGUGGCAAGUAUACUCGGUGGAUUUGGAACCGUUGCCAUGUUCUGCACCCUCGGGGUCUACAUAUGA